AUGGAAUACGAGGAGGAUUUUGAUGUUCCACCAGAGCGUGAUCCAUAUACGCAUGCCCAGGAUGUAGAGGAGGCUAUUGAGUCUCACAUCAAGGCUGGAAGAUCCGGACCGCAUGAAUGGUUCACACUUGUAAACUUCAGAAAAAAAGAUCAAGAACGUUGGAACAUGGGACUAACAAUUCCUAGCCCAAACCAAAGAGAAGACGACCCUCGUGUCUACGAGGGAUUUGAAGAUCCAAAACCGUGGCGUGUGGUCAAUCAUUACCGAUACACCAGUCGUCCUCUUAAGCCACAUUCAAUUAUGUCGUGUCUCGCUCAAAUUUGGCCUGAUAGAAAUCAGAGCCUCACUACCCACGAGUUGAGAGCCAUCGUUAACAUGAUGCUUCUUCGAGUGAAUCACAAACCGUUUCGCAGAUGCCAUAUCCAUCCAAUUUUGGUUCUCUCUUAUAUGGGUGGUCAUCACGGCAGAAUCAUUCAGGCUUCGUAUGAUGGAAAGGGACUGAUUCUACAAUAUUCGCAACUAUGGAGCUUUGCGGAUAUUAAAACGGCACCGGUGGAAUUGUUCGUCCGAUAUCGUUUAAGCAAGCCAGUUGGUGCUAUUCGCACGUUGUCCCUUGAAUAG